AACCCACAAUCAUCCUCUCAAUGCAACUAGAGAAGGAGGAAAAAUGAAGCCCAUUGCAAGUUUCUUCUUCCUCAUUUCUCUAGUGGUUUGCCUCGGCUCCUUGCCGCACCCAAUCAUCGGUUCAAGUCUAGCGGAACAGGUAUGCGAGCGCUCCCAUGACAAGGCUAAUUGCAUGGCGUGGUUUGGGUUAGACCCAGAAAGCGAACAAGCCAAUCUACAGCAACUGGGAAUGAUAGCAUUGAGGCUUGCAUCUGGAAACGCAACUGACACAGCGUUGUACAUUAAGCGAAUGCUUAAUGACACAUCAGGGUUGGACCCUUCUACCGAGCAGGCCCUGACCGAUUGUGCGCAGCAUUAUGUGGAUGCGAAUCAGCAACUCGAUGACUCCGUUGCUGCCUUAUUAGCGAAUGCUCAACACGAUGUGAAUGCUUGGGUGGGUGCAGCGAUUGCUGAUGCAGAAUCCUGCGAGGAUGGUUUCAAGGAAAGUGGCAGCCAGGAUUUUUUGCUCACGGCAAGGAAUGCCAUCUUUAAACAAUUAUGCAACAAUGCCUUGGCCAUCAACAAACUCUUAACUGCUAAUUAAUUAAGUGACAAUUUAAUAUUUUAAUGGCAAUUUCUAUAUUUAUUUUACCCCAGAUUAUAUUUAUAAUUAAUCUGCUCAGUUUCUAAUAUUAAGAUUUUGAACGCAUA